AUGUCGUCGUCAAACUUCACCUUCUACAAUUACCCCGGCACCGAAGCCAAUUCAGAAUCCUUCCACUACUCGCAAGCCGUCAAAGUCGGCAACAUUGUUAAGACUUCCGGCCAGGGCGGCUGGACACAGGACGGCAGUAUCCCCUCGGACAUCGAGAGACAAGUCGCGCUCGCCUUUGAGAAUGUCGAGAAUGCCCUCCGCGCCGUCGACGCCCGACUCUCGUGGCAGAAUGUCUAUGCCGUGCGUAGCUACCAUAUCGAUGUGUCGAAGACCUUUGACGUGGUGACGGCGAACUUCAAGCGCGUGCUGCCGAACCACCGGCCUGUGUGGACGUGCGUGGAGAUUGGGAAGCUGGGGAUCGAGGGAAUGGAGAUUGAGAUUGAAGUCGAGGCUCAUUAUCCGUUCUGA